AUGUUCUCAGCUCGUCUUAGUAGUGAUACUGAAAACUGCAGUUUAACUACUGUCCUUCAACAUGGUCCUCAUAUUUUAAUUAUUGAUCAUGCCAAUCGGAAAGUUAAAAAUUUCACUCAAGAAGGAAUUUGGCUUAGUGAUUAUUGUUUUGAUAAACCUCCCCGUCGCGCUUGCAUUACACCCGAUGGUGAGAUUGUGGUUACUCUCCAAGGGGCAUACAUGAUUGCCUUCCUCAUAAAAAUUGGUUUCGAGUUGUUUUUUUCCCAUUACAUUGUGACGGCGAAAGACUACGCUUUAGUCGAGGCUUUCGACGACAAAAUACUUAUCUGUGCUAAGUGUGGCUAUCCUGGUUGCAUCGACACCAUUGAUUACAGAGGGCAAAUACUAAAGACCUUCUCCCAGUAUUCUAUUGAUGGCUUGUCAGUUCUCUUCCCAUCUUAUCUGUCUGUAUUGCCGUCCGGUACACUACUAAUGAGUGAGUUAAGAAGUGAUGGUUACCAGGCGUUGAUAUGUUGUGACACAUCCGGAAAUAUUCGCUAUUUUUACCAAGGGGAAGGCCAAAACGUAGUCAAAUGCCCGUCUGGUGUAGCCACCGAUCAGAACGGUCUACGAUACAAAUUAUCUGGCACAACACGGUCUAUCUAUCUAUCUAUCUAUCUAUCUAUCUAUCUAUCUAUCUAUCUAUCUAUCUAUCUAUCUAAUUCUUGGCAUUUUCGCCGGAUUAAUGUCACUCAGGAACCGUGCUUGCGAUGUACAAUAAAAAAGACCGUGUAA